GGGCGGGGGCGUUUCGGACCCACUGGACUUUGGGCGGAAACAAACAUUUUCACAUUCACUGAGUGGUGAUCAGCAGCAGAAAGACCCGGAGAAAGACACGAGAAACAGCGACAGCAUAUACGCGUGUGGACCAUAUUUGACACAGGUUUUCUCUCUCCUGUUUUUAUGGCUUCAUUUUUCGGCAGCAAUAUGUUUUCAGUUUUUCCAAAAACUUUGCUGUUGGUUCUGGUUUGUGCGCGUGCUGCCUCGGCUGCAGGCAGAAACGGCAGCGGGUAUGGGAGGACCUUUGUCGUUUUUCCCAGUACCGUCACAGAUGAACCAAUAGACCUGACUGAACUUUAUUCAGAUGAUGAUGUUGCUGAAUUCAAUAAUUCAACAAGUGUUCGGGCUCGUAAUGUAACCUCUAUCAGGAGGCAAGAAAUCUCAGAGCAGGCGCUGCUGUUUCUCACAGGCUCUGUGUCCACUGUCCUCAUACCGUCCUUCUACACGCUGGUCUGCCUCAUCAGCGUGCCAAUCAACAUCUGUGCAGUGCUAGCCUUCGCUUGGAGCAUCCGGCCCAAGAAACCAGCAGCGAUCUAUAUGCUAAACCUGGCCUGCGCUGACUUGCUCUUUGCCUUGCUGCUCCCCUUCAAGAUCUCCUACCACUUUGGCGGCAACAACUGGAUAUUCGGCCCGGUCAUGUGCCGCGUGGUCACCGCAGCUUUUUACUGGAACAUGUAUUGCUCUGUUCUGCUCAUAACUUGCAUCAGUGUGGACCGGCUUCUUGCUGUAGUCUACCCCAUUGAUUCCCUGGCUUGGAGGAAGCCCCAGAACUCAGUCAUAGCCUGUGUCACCAUGUGGAUAUUAUCCUUCGCUGGCUCAGUGCCCCUCGUGCUUUCCGACCAGACUUUUUACCUGAGAGAGUUGAACAUCACCACCUGCCACGAUGUCCAGCAACCACAUGAGCUAAUCUGGAAUUACAAGAUCUACUUCGUCACUCUCUGCUGCAUCCUCUUCUUCCUGCCUCUGCUCAUCACAGUGGUGUCCUACGCUCGGGUGAUCUGGUCACUGAGCGUAGUCCCACGUGGGGUUCCAGGACGCUCACGCAGACGGACGAGAGCAGUGGUGAUGGCUUUAACGGUGCUGGUGAUGUUUGUGUUGUGUUUCACGCCCACAAACUGCCUACUGCUAGCGCAUUACCUGCAAUUCAACGAGGGAAUGAAAGAGAGCCGAGAGGCCCCUGAUGGCUCCUACGCGGUCUAUCUGGUUUUCCUGUGUUUGGGUAGUCUGAACUGCCUUCUGGAUCCCCUGGUCUACUACUUUGGAUCAUCUCAAUGCCAGAGACAACUGUCCAAGGUGCUGAGGUGUCAGAAGAUUACAGAGGGCAGCAGCAGUCAUUCAUCAUCUGAUUCAUGCAGAUCCAGUGCCAGGACUAUUCUGAAAUCCAGCCGCAAUGAAAUUUCAAAGACAAACACAUCAACUACCAAAGUGGACUCUUUCCAAGCGAGUCUCAGCAGCCAAUACAAGAAACUACUGGUCUGAUAAACUGUCACACUGAGCGAGAACGAAUCAAAGUGACUCAGCUGACUUAACUGAAACAAUAGAAAUAUUUUUAUCAUGAAGUUGAAGUAACAGCAAAUAAAGAGCACAAAGCCUGUAGGGUCUA